AUGGGACACAAGGAGCAUGGAGGGACUUGGCACAUGGAAGCAGCUCAACUGGAUACGCAAAGGAAGAAGGGAGAAGCCAUCUUGAAGACCAGCUCGACCGUCCACUCGACCAACCGGUCGAGUUCCUCAACUCGACCGGCCAAGCUUCAACUCGAUCGAGCUGGGGAGUCAAAGUGUAUGCGAACUCGAUCGAGUCGGUCUACUGAAGACUUGGUCGAGCUAGACAUUACAACGGGUAGAAAGAGGGUUCAGAGGUCACAGAGGGUACAAGAGGAACCUGAGGUGCUUGUUGCUGAUACAAUGGAUGUACCAGAGGGGAAUGGAAACCCUUUGGGCAAUGGACUCGGUCGAGCUAGGCAAACUCGACCGAUUGGUCAAGGAGAUGCUCCAAACCGCCACCAACAGAGACAAGGGAUUGUUCCACCACCAGUGCAGAACCACAACUUUGAGAUCAAGCUGGGAAUGAUCAACCUUGUCAGAACAAGAUGUUCCAUGGAUUGCCAAGUGAAGACCCCAUUGACCACCUUGAUGAGUUUGAUAGGCUUUGUGAUUUGA